GCAUCUAGAAAAAAGUGUCGAUUGACAUCCAAUGUAUGCGGUCCGCGUUCGUUUCUCUUGUCCCUCGCAUGCGAUCAAAAUGGAAAAUAUAGUCAAGUAUGAGAAAUAACGUUAAAGACUGCAUAUUUCGGUUUAUACAUACAUUUGUUAUAAACAGUAUUAUCCAAAAGCUAAUAUUUUUGUUAGUUUCUUUGAAGCUUGAUCUUUAUUAAAAUGCUUUAGUUUAAUUUCUAAGUUUGCAGGAUUCGCCAAGUUUUCCGUAAGUGGGACGUUAUAUCUAACUGACUUCCAAAAAUUUAACGUUAAAGACCACCUAAAACAUUUAUCUUUAAAACAACAAAAGAUAAGAAACAAGUGUCUGUAUAUAAAAUGUAGCUUUUGGAGUUUAUUAUCAUGAUAAAUGAAAAACUUUCGGUUUUUACACAACGUUUCAGAUAUAUAUACACUAAAAUAUAGGUGCGACUGUAACGUUAAAGAGAAAAAUUUUGACCAUAUUUGUGUACAUAUAGGAACAUAGUGUUAGAAUUAUGAAGCUGCUUUGAUUGGAAACUCGUGAUGCUGUAAAUAUACUUGUAAAUAUGGUCGUUUACAUAUCUAUCUAAGUAAAGUAACUAAAUAGAAACCAACAGCAACUUCUAUCCUUAUACAUCUCCAAAUAACGAGUGAAAUUAUCUCAAAUAUGUAUGUUUCUAACUGCAAAUACCUACUUCCCCCCACUGCACUGCUACCACCACCACCGAAUAAACAAUUGAAUACGACAACAACAACUUGACAAUCCCGUCGCCACCACCAAUGUCAAAAUAUCAAUGCAACUGCUACCACAACAACAACUGCCCCUGUGUGCGCCAUCAUUUCUCUGCUAAUCUCGAACAAAAAAAAAAAAUAGAUGGAACCUAAUCGUAGAUCCGAUGGCGAGCAUCUACAACCCAACAGUGCUGCUGGGUCGGGUGCGCUCGAGCAUGAUGCCUGCUGCUUGUACCGUCCACCAAUUAGUGGUUUGGUAGGCCCAGCCGCUAUCGCCGCCGUCUCCAAUACACCAGUCAACAAGGUCGAUCAAUGUCCGGGUCCACUGCCCUUGGGCGUUGCUGUCAUCGACAUGUCCGUCACGCUGUUUGGUCUAAUCUUUCCGAAAGUGGCCAAUAAGCAUCGCUUGCAAAUGUUGGAACAUUUCGCCGAAUGUAUACGGCAAGCGAAGAGUAGCCGUCAAGAAGCCGUACAGAUGAAUAUUUUCACUGCGUUGCUGAGCGGUUUGAAAGGACUCACCGACAGCAAGUGCGGCAUUGGUCAGGAGGAUGUAAAGAAGAGCGCUACCAAUUUGGUCGUGGCAGCUUUGGUGAGCACCAAUUCGACGCUGCGUUGCGCUGCCGGUGAAGCUAUCGGUCGUAUGGCGCAAGUGGUCGGCGAUUCACGAUUUACCGCUGAAUUGGCGCAGAAUUCAUUUGACAAAUUGAAGUCCGCACGUGAUGUAGUCACACGCACUGGCCAUUCGCUAGCAUUGGGUUGCUUGCAUCGUUACGUCGGUGGCAUGGGGUCAUCACAUCAUUUGAACACAAGCGUUUCAAUUCUGCUGGCAUUAGCACAGGACACCUCGUCGCCGGUGGUGCAAGUUUGGUCGCUGUAUGCGUUGGCGCUCAUUGCCGACUCUGGCGGACCAAUGUUCCGUGGCUAUGUUGAGGCAACUUUAUCCUUGUGCUUGAAGUUAUUGCUUUCUGUGCCACAGACCAAUGUGGACGUUCACCAGUGCGUUGGGCGUGUUUUGAAUGCACUCAUAACAACAGUUGGACCGGAGCUGCAGAGCAACAGCGGCGCUGUGGGCGCGAUGCGUUCAUCUUUCCUUUGCGCGUCGGCCAUAAUGCAAGCGCACACCGAUCCGCUGGUGCAGGCCGAGGCUACCGGCUGCCUGCAACAGUUGCAUCUCUUCGGACCUAAAUAUGUUAAUUUGAGUUCGUUGGUGCCCACAUUGGUGAAGACGCUCUCAAGCAACUAUUUAAUGCUGCGUAAAGCUGCUGUUUCUUGUUUGCGUCAGCUCUCCCAGCGUGAGGCCAAGGAAGUGUGCGAACUAGCGCUUACCAUGACGCCUGAGCAAUGUCCGGAUAUCACGAUAACCGAAUAUGGGCUUCCGGGUGUACUUUUUGCCAUGCUGGACACCGAAACCGAUGCAGAAAUGUUGAAAAAUAUCCACGAUACACUAACGUCCAUGCUACAAAUGUUAGCUUCCGAUAAUCUAAUCUGGCUGAGUUUGUGUAAAAAUGUACUAACCGUUGCUGUCGAGGGAAUCUCGCUUCAAGACGAAGCGGGCGGUUUGAAGAAUGAUGCCAUAAAUAGCAAGUCUAACAGCGGCAGUAAUGAUAGUGCAAACAAAGGUGAGGGCGAUGAUGAUGACGAAGAAGAAGAUUAUGAUGAUGUAACUGAGUAUCACGCUGAGGAGAAUACCUCCACGCAUCCGGCCGUACAGCCGCGUUGGCCGACACGCGUUUUUGCAGCGCAGUGUGUACGUAAAAUCAUAGCCACUUGUGAGGCAGCCAAUCCUAUACAUCUGGACCUGAUACAGGCUAAAGAAAUGCAAAUGAUAAAAUCACGUGGCGACUAUCUGAUUCUACAUCUAUCCGAGUUAAUACGUAUGUCAUUCAUGGCAGCCACUUCGGACUCUGAUCAACUACGAUUAGAGGGUCUACGCACGUUACAGGAAAUAAUCGAUCGAUUUGCAAAUGUACCAGAGCCAGAGUUUCCAGGCCAUUUGUUGCUGGAACAAUUUCAAGCGCAGGUUGGUGCAGCUCUACGUCCAGCUUUCUCACCAGACACUCCAUCGCAUGUCACAGCGGCCGCGUGUGAAGUUUGUUCUGCUUGGAUUGGCUCAGGUGUCGCCCGAGACCUGAACGAUCUGCGUCGCGUACACCAUUUACUGGUAUCUUCCCUCGACAAAUUGCAUACCAAAACCAACAGUACACUAUACAAUGAAUCUAUGGCAAUUGAAAAGUUGAGCAUUUUAAAAGCCUGGGCGGAGGUGUACAUUGUCGCUAUGAUCGGCAAUGGUUCGGCCCCGGCCUCCUUGCUGCAAAAGAAACUCACUUCUUCGAACAUAAUAACACCCCUUACAAGAUGGUCUAGAUUGGAAGGAUCAGAGGCGGCUGGCGGAGAUUUUGGUGAUUUCGAAAGCCGCGGCGAAAGUUUGCUCAGUCUGGUUAAACCAGAGCUAAGAAAUCUGUCCACACACUCUGCUGCAAUGAAAGAUCACGCGCUUUUGCUGCUUCCCGUAGAGUUCCAAAGUCAAUUGCCGCACGAUGGUGGCGCUUUCUACACUACAGAUACGAUUAACUCGUCGAAGCCGCACUAUUUGUCCUCGUGGCCGCCCAUCCUGUAUGCAGCUUCGUUGUGGCUGAAGGACGAAGGUUUUGCCGAAUAUGCAAAUACAAGCGCAACAGGUGCCGAUGGCGCCGCAUACGAAUCCAACAACAAUAUUUCUCAUGGCUCACUCUCAGCCGAUCGCUUCCAUAUGAUUUUCGGUAUUUGCAUGGAGGCUUUGUGCAGCACGCGUACAUCUGAGAAGCCGAAAAAUGUCAUCAGUUGUUUGCAAUCACUUUUCACGAUUUUCGAUUCUGAUUGGGCGCGUAAACAAUUGAUUAAGAACAAAACAUUGACCAUUGAACUGUGCAACGUUUUGCAUCGACAGAUUUUGACUCGAGAUGAGCUGCUGGUGCAAUUGCUCUGCAUGGAGAUACUAAAACAGUCGAUACACGCGGCCAAGGAGGAUCUACAAUUGAAACGUGACCAGCAUCUUGCUCAAAACAAUAAAAAUAAUGACAACACCGAUAACGCGCACCUACAGACAGAAAUCGAGAAUUUAGGUGAAGGCGGUGAAGGUGGCGAAAUUGUUCCCGGCAAUUCGCACGUCUAUGCCGUGCUGGAGGUGUGUCUUUGUGUAUUCGUUCGACAAAUACCCUCAAUGAAUCCGAGCGUCGCCAGCAAGCUGAGCACAAUUCAAUUUAAGCAGGAAUUAGCCGCCAAAAGCAGCAUCCAAUCUUUCUUCUCGGUGUUAGCUGAAGAUAACGGCAUGCUUGUUGCCAGCGGCUUACAAUGUGUUGAGGAUCUCACAGACGCUGUGCUCACCGAAAGGGCGCUAACAAUUUUGCCUACCAUCGCCUUCAUGACCACAUCGAUAAUGCGCGAAAUUGCCAACAAAUCGUCCAUUGACACUACAAUACUCGCAAACACGGGCGCAGUUCAGGCGUCGCUCCAUACGCUCAAAUCCGUAUGCACUAACCGUUGGGCAAAGCACGAAUUAGUCUCCGCCGAAUGGAUGGCAAUAUUGCAAAGCGCACUGGCCACCAUUAUUGACAUGACAAAAACUGCGGGCGACGAAGAAGAGCGAAAGGUGGAUGAAGUAACGCAUGUUAUUGGCCAUAGCCGUUUUAUACUACACACACCCGCGGUGGUGUCCACACCGUCGCUGCAAUAUCCAUGUAUAAAUCACUUCCGACAGUGUAUGCAGUCGGAGCAUUUGUCAGUGAAGUUGAAAUGCAUACAAUCUACGCGUUCGAUUUUCGCCAAAGCUGAUCUUAAGAUAUCCACGCCGUACAUCCAUGCACUGGCGCCACGCAUCAUCGAGGGCUUAUAUGCAGAAACGGCGAAGACUCCACGCACCGAUAUGGAGCUGCAGAUAACACUGGAGAGUAUAUUGACCGUAGAAACGUUGAUCGAAUUGGCGGAGCCACAGAAUCGAAACUUGAUGCAAGGUAAUUACCAUAACUCAAAAGCUCAAUAAAACAAUACACCCACAGCUAAAAUUGUUUUGUAUGUUUAUUCGUAUGACUUAAAGUCCACAUACAAAUACAAUGCAAACACACAACUAAUAUCGCCACACUGUCGCCUUGUAGAAAUCGCACCAUCAGAAACUAAUUGGCUACCCGCUUAGAACAUCUCUCUCUCUAUAUCUAUCUCGCCAUCCUUAAGCACUUCCAUGCUGUAUAGAGUUUCCUUAAUGUGUACUUUAUUAUUUAUUUUAUUUUUUUAGUUAUGAACUUCUAGUGAACAUCUGUAGUUAGUGUUUAAUAUCUAUGUUCUAUGUACAUAACUACACUUUUAACCCGGUAACAAUUCUGAAUAUACACUUAGAUAAAAAAGUACAUAGUCCAACCAAUCGAUAAUUCAAUUACACAUGUUUUUCACGUACAAAAAAGAAACAGUAGGGCAAUUCAUGGAAACGCACAAAUGCCUAGUAACCAUGUAAACCUCGUAAACUUACUUAAUUUUUUAUGGAAAAUCGGUUAUUACGAGGCAUUUACGCGAUUCCAUGAAUACCCAUAAUAAUAAUGUACAUAUCUCUCAUUUAUUAGAAAAGUAUCAUUAACAAAAAAUAAAUAAAAAUAAAAAUCGAGUUAAGUAUGCAGAAAUUAAAGUUACCUCUUCUUUGUUGUACCGUUUACCAGUAGCUCACUAGAGCAAAAUAUGGGUAUUAAUGGAAAACCGAUUUUCCAUACAAAAUUAAGUAAGUUUCCGAGAUUUACAUGGUUAUAAGGCAUUUACGCGUUUAGAUGAAUUGCCCUAAUGUGUAUUAAAUUUUAAUAUGGGAUUAAAUUCAAACCUUUAUUAAAGACGUUUUUCUCGAGCUUUUGAUUUGUUUGUUAUACAUAGUGUGAAACCGCACCGAAGACGACAUACAUACACAGUUCGCCCGAACGCUGUUUUUUUUUUUUUGAUUGUGGGAUACCGCCGAUUUUCUUUAUUUAAAUGCUAGUCUGAGAUGCUAAAAAGUCAGACCAAUGAAAUUUUAAAUUUUAAACAAAUGCCCCACCCUCCAAAACAACAAAAAACCAGUAAAACAGGGAAACACAGUUUUUACGUGAAAAAAAAUAAAUGCUGGUUAUAUGUACCCAGUACGGAAUGAAACUAGUUAAAAUAUUGGUUAUCAACCAGUUUUUUACCCACCACAACUAAUUGAUGAUUUGAUUUUCUUCCUUGGAACGAACUGUUGACUUUAACAUGGCGAUGUCCUAGGAAGCAGUCAAUUAUCCGACUCUGCAUUUGAUUUCAACUAUUUUAAAAUGCAUUUGGCUUAAAGCACUUCAAAGUCACUAUGUUUCUUUUGUAGAUGUCUUUUCAACCAAUUUAAAAUUACUUAGUAUUAAAUGCUGAAAUAGUUAAUUGCCCAAAGCUAGAUGAUUUUUUUUUUUGAAAUCAAAAAAUAUUUAGAGUGCUAGAAAUUUUC